UCACAAAAUUAAGCUUGCUAUAGAUGAGCUGCCUAAGCAUGUCAUGUUUAUGCCUCCUACUACUGCUCCUCCUCUGCUCGAGAAUCUCCUGCUCCUUUGCGUCGUCGGCAGCAUGCAGCCGUGACGGCACCAACUACAGCUUCCAUUAUUCCUUCAGCAGCGACUCAUCUGACGGGCUGGUGCUUCUCAGGGACGCUGAGAUCAGUAAUGGCGCUCUCCAUCUCACUCCAGGGCCGAGGAAUAGCAACAGGUCCGGUGCCGCGCUCCUGGCAGCUCCGGUCACACUCUGGUCCCAAAACUCCGAGGGGUUUAUGCAAAAUGCUUCCUUUGAUACCUCCUUCACCAUGAACUUCCCGUACUCAUCACCGGCCGGGCAAGAAGCUGCAGGGCCGAACGGAGAGGGCCUUGCCUUCGUUGUCGUGCCCACCCUCAACAGCCCACCGCUUGGCAUCCUGGGCCUCAGGAACAACCCUCCCAAGGAUACCUCCUCUGCCUCCAGAGGCACCGGCUUCUUCCUCGUCAAGUUCUUCGACAUGGACGACAACCGCAGCAGGCUCAACAUCAGCAUCAUCACCUCCGCAGCCUCACUUGUAAAUACUAUGAGCAUCGCAACCAAUCAGACAACUACGAAGAACUACAAGAUCAGUAUCAAGUACACCAGGCAACAUGUAGGGGUAUACAUGGAUGACAAACCCGUCCUUGAGGCAGACCUCAACCUUAAUGACAACGUCCUGCAGAGAGCCUUCGUUGGUUUCUUGUUCAGCUCCGAGCUCCAUUCUAUCUUGAGCUGGGAGCUGACGGUUAAACUCCCUGGCAAUGACAACAAAGACAUCGACUGGAAGGUGACACUGCCUGCAGUUCUUGGGUGCAUUUCCGUUACGGCCAUCAUGAAGAUGUUCGUCGCCGCCUUCUACUUCAAAUCCAAGUACAACAAGCUCAAGAUGGAGCUGGUGCUGUCGGAGACUCUCCGGCGGCUCCCCGGCAUGCCGAGGGAGUUCAAGCACGCCACGAUGAGGAAGGCCACCGACAACUUCCACGAGGCGAGGAGGCUGGGCAAAGGCGGGUUCGGCGCCGUGUACAAGGGCACGCUGUGGUCGGGGAAGGACGGUAUGACAUGCGUGGAGGUCGCGGUGAAGAAGUUCACGGGGGACGAGAACCGGCGCUACGACGACUUCCUUGCCGAGAUCGAUAUCAUCAACCGACUGCGCCACCGGAACAUCGUCCCACUAGUUGGUUGGUGCUACGAGAAGGGCGAACUCCUGCUAAUCUACGAGUACAUGCCCAACGGCAGCCUUGAUCAGCACCUGUGUCCCAAGGAACAACCACAACGCAUCCUCGGAUGGGCUACCCGCUACGACAUUGUCGCGGACAUAGCCGCGGGGCUCCACUACGUUCACCAUGAGCACGAGCACAUGGUGCUCCACCGCGACAUCAAGGCGAGCAACAUCAUGCUAGACUCCACCUUCCGCGCCCGCCUCGGCGAUUUCGGCCUCGCGCGCAUCGUGGGCCUGGACAAGAACUCCUACACCGACCUCGGCGUCGCCGGCACCUGGGGCUUCAUUGCGCCGGAGUACUCGGUGAGCCACAAAGCGACGCGGAGGACGGACGUCUACGCGUUUGGGGUGUUGGUCCUCGAGAUCGUCACCGGGAGACGAGCGCUCUGCGUGUUCCAGGACACGUUUCAGCUGCUCACCGAUUGGGUCUGGAGGCUCCACCAGGAAGGGAGGCUGCUUGAAGCUGUGGACAAGGAGGUUGUUUCUACGGAAGAGUACGAUGCAGAUGGCGCCACUAGGUUGCUGCUCCUUGGGUUAGCGUGCACCAACCCUAACCCGUUGGAUCGUCCGACCAUGGCCGAGGUGGUGCAGGUUGUGGCCAAGUCGGUGCCGGCGCCGGACGUGCCACAUGUGAAGCCAUCGUUUGUGUGGCCACCGGAAGAAGGGAUGCCUCAAAGCUUCGAUGACAUAACUGAGAUGAGUGAUCUCGAUGAGAGUCACUGGGAGGAGACAUCAAGCAGCGAUGCGCUUGCUGUAAGCGCCAUCAUCAGACGCAAGGCGCGGGUUUCUUCAAUCGGUUGAGCUGUAUUAUCUGUAUAGUUGUGUGAAACUUCUGUUUCCACUUGGUAAUUUAUUGUUAUCUGUUACCUGUUAGCGACAUCGUUAAACUUCGGCAGACAAUCUUUCGAAACUUUUAGCUCAAAUAGGUAUAAAAUUAUAUAUGGAUUAAAAUGAUUUGUUAUUAAACUCUGUUUUCCCAUUUAUAAUCUGAGCAGAGUCAUGGGAUAUGUAUAA